AUGAUGACAAACUCCCCACACACCACCUACUUCUCGUUCCCUUCCUACGAGAGCCAUUUCGUCAGCGAGAUGGACGAGCAACCCAGACCAGCUACCCCAAUUCUCUCCCAAAAAGCACUCAAGCCACUUGUUGAUUAUGCUACUGAGGCUUACCCAAUUAUCCAGCGGGAUGAUCACCGGGAAGCCCAAAUUGAGCUCAUCCUUUACCUUGUCGGACCCCGCUCGCCGUCGAUCGUCGGAAAGCCAGCCUCACUGUACUCUCAGUCUUCAUCCUCCAACAAAUCAUUCGCCUCAUCCUCUCCUUCCUUGAUCCAAUCUAUCAAAAGUUGGUGGCAGUUCAAAUAG